CUAUCGUCGUUUUUGUUCUUCGCAACUUUCUUUGUACUCAGGCUCUCAGCUCUGCAGCUUCCAAGUUCUGAAACCCUUAUCCAAAAUUUUGAGCUUUCAAAUUCAGUACUCUGUUCCUCCAUGAAUCUCCCUCAUAUUCGAACAUCUAUCUCCCUAAUAAAUCCCGUCCAUCACCAGAAUCGAUUAUUCUUGCCGGUGAUAUGCUAUUUCCGACGCCAAACACCUCCCAAGCAAUUGAUCUCGCCGCAAAUAAUCCCAGCCAGAGACAGAGUAAUAGAUUUUGGAAAAUACAAGGGCAAGAUGCUUGGAAGCCUCCCUUCAAGCUACCUCAAAUGGGUCUCGAAGAAUCUGCGCGCACGCGACUUCGAGGAGUGGGCAAAGUUAGCAGACCAAGUACUGGAAGACCCAAUUUACAAGGACCGAAUCGAGUGGGAAUUCGCAGAGAAUGUACUGAACGGUAAUCGAUCUAGGGCGGUAUCUUCUCCGAGAGCAGGUGACAUCAGUGCAGUUUCGGAGCUGUUGGAGAUAAGCGACAGGUUCGGUUGGGACAACAAUGACAAGGCCGGUUGGGGCAAAAUCAACUUCGAGCUUCUUGGCACGUCCAGGGGUGGUAGAAUUCCGAGACUGGUGAGAACGGAAGAGGGAGAAGACGAUGAGAAGAUAAUGAAACAGAUGUUGGAGGUUGAAUCGGCAGUUGCAGGGAGGCGGAAGGAGAGAAGAGAGAGGCAGAAGAAGAAGACGACGACAAGGGAAGAGGGUGGUCGAAUUCGCACUGUGUGGGGGGAAACUGAGAGAAGUAAGGCCGGAAUGAAGGAAGAGAAGAGGGCUAGCUUUGUGAAUAGAAUUGACGGUGACGGCGACGGCGACGGCGAAGGCGUAUUGUAUCGGUCUCAGGGAGAGAUUGAGCGCAUCAACAGCCCAUUUCCUGGCCGUGAAGCCCUGCUGAGGAAGGCGGCAAACCGCCGACGGUUUGAUCUCUAGUUCGUUAAGUAUUAGUUUUCCGGUUAGCUUUUGUGCCCUGUAGGAGUUUUCGAAGAACUUGAUUGGAAAAAGAAAGGAGGUGAGUGAGCAGAAUUUUCUUUUUUCUUUUUGUACAAUUUAUUCAUAUAUUAUAAAAAAAAAAAUA